AUGACCCCAACGCCCAUCUUGGGGACCCCAACGCCCAUCUUGGGGACCCCAACGCCCAUCUCCAUGUCCCUGGUGCUCCCAUACCCAAUGACCAUGACGGCAGCACCCAUCUUGGGGACCCCAGCGCCCAUCUUGGGGACCCCAGCGCUCCCAUACCCAAUGACCAUGACCCCAGCGCCCAUCUUGGGGACCCCAGCACCCAUCUUGGGGACCCCAGCACCCGUCUUGGGGACCCCGGUGCUCCCAUACCCAAUGACCAUGACCCCAGCACCCAUCUCCAUGACCCCAACACCCAUCUUGGGGACCCCAGCGCCCAUCUCCAUGACCCCAACACCCAUCUCCAUGUCCCUGGUGCUCCCAUAG